UUGCUCUUGUUUCUCCUGGCCACGACCCUAUUCUUGGCCACUCACAAGUAUUCUCCCGUUUCGCGCCUCUUGACCAAUUUUCUUGGUUCUGUUGUCGUUCUUCCAUUCCUCCGGCACCAACCCCCCUGUCCUGCUCUCUCCCUGGUUGCAAGGUGAAUCUGCUGACACAUUGAGAUCAUUGAAGCUAUAUGUUGGUGGAAGAUGGUUGGCGAGGAGCUGUCCUAACAGAGAAUGGGGAGAAGCGAGUCCGGGGAUUGCAGUUCAUCCCAGGGCGCAGAGGAAACAGAGGCGGAGACGAGCUUAACCCGGAAUAUAUGCUUGAUGAUUUUUACCAGAGAAGCAUUCCUAACAAAUUUUGAUCACCAAAGAGAUCACGUCUAUCUGGUAGAGAAAGCAUGUCGAGUGAAGCCCCGUCCCCGAGUUCAUCAGAUGAUGUAAGCGAUGGUCAGUCCGAUGGUUCCAACGCGCCUCCACCGAAAGGUUCAUCAAGAUCAUCCGGCUCUUCUUCAGAAGGGAAUGACGAUUCGUCUAGUCCAUCUCCACCGUCUCCAGAUUCGUCAUCCUCAGAUUCGCAAGAUUCCUCUUCCUCCAGUUCAAAAGGUUCCCGCUCCUCCGGCUCAUCUCCACCGUCGAGAUCAUCGCCGUCACCGUCGUCGUCCCCCUCCAGGUCUUCCCGCGACGGCGGCAAUUCCGACUCUUCGCCGUCGCCAGCGCCGCCGUCCGACGAAUCCUCCUCCGGGGACAAUGGUGAUUCCGACUCUCCGUCGCCGCCGCCACCAACCCGGUCGCCGCCUCCCCAACAGUCGGAAGAGACAGAGCCCCCUCCGUCUUCAUCCUCCACUCGGAGCCCUCCAUCUCCGUCUCGCUCGUCUGCACCGCCACCGUCGCCGCCGCCGCAAUGGAGUAGUAAUAACGAUGGGCAGUCAGGUUCUCCACCUCCUAGUGGCGGCCAGCCAUCUCCUUCUGCCUCUGCUUCUCCUCCGCCGCCGCCAGCGAACCAUUCGGUGGUCUUCAUCCCGGUCGUGUCAUCCAGCCAUCCCGGGGCACCGCCGGCGCUUGUCGCCAUCGCUCCGCCUGGCGCCGUCGGUGUGAUGUCCGCUCACCUACCGGGAGCACAAAGUGGCGCCAUGCAGCCUGGUUCGUCGGGCAGCACAUCCACCGGUGGUGAUGGUGGCGGCGGGAGCACAUCUUCUUCGUCUUCCCAGCUCCACUCGUCGCAAGCAGUGAAUGGCCAAGUAGCCGCGGCCAUUGCCGGCGCUGCCGUCGCUGGUUUGUUGUUUGUCAUGAUAGCCAUUUUCUUCGUCGUGACAAGGAAGAGGAAGAAGGACGGGCUGGUCUAUCACACAGACGGGAGCUACUACAUGCACUCGGGUCAGCUGGUAGGCUCCAACCACCCGUCGGGAGUGUUCUACGGGCCGCCACCGCCGGGCGCAUCCGGCGGGUUCUCCUACGGCCCUCUGGCGACGCCGGGCGCCACGGACAGCUUCAGGGGAGCAGGGUACUACCGGUCGGGCAGCCUGGAGCAGCAGCAGCAGGGGGCGCCGGGGUCCAACAAGUCGUCGUUCAGCUACGAGGAGCUGACGAGCAUCACCAGCAACUUCGCCCGCGACAACGUGAUCGGCGAGGGCGGGUUUGGGUGCGUGUACAAGGGGUGGCUCGCCGACGGCAAGUGCGUGGCGGUGAAGCAGCUCAAGGCCGGGAGCGGGCAGGGGGAGCGCGAGUUCCAGGCGGAGGUGGAGAUCAUCAGCCGCGUGCACCAUCGCCACCUCGUCUCCCUCGUCGGCUACUGCGUGGCGCAGCACCACCGGAUGCUCAUCUACGAGUUCGUUCCCAACGGCACGCUCGAGCACCACCUGCACGGUCGCGGCGUGCCGGUGAUGGAUUGGCCGACGAGGCUGAGGAUCGCCAUCGGCGCCGCCAAGGGGUUGGCGUAUCUGCAUGAAGACUGUCACCCUCGGAUCAUCCACAGGGACAUCAAGUCGGCCAACAUCCUGCUCGAUUACUCGUUCGAAGCACAGGUGGCGGAUUUCGGGCUGGCGAAGCUGUCCAACGACACCCACACGCACGUGUCGACGCGGAUCAUGGGCACGUUUGGGUACCUGGCGCCGGAGUACGCGUCGAGCGGCAAGCUGACGGACCGGUCGGACGUCUUCUCCUUCGGCGUGGUGCUGCUGGAGCUCAUCACCGGCCGGAAGCCCGUCGACCAGGACCGCCCGCUCGGGGAAGAGAGCCUCGUUGAAUGGGCUCGGCCGGUCCUGGCGGACGCCAUCGAGAGGGGCGACCACGACGAGCUGGUCGAUCCGCGGCUGCAGGGCGUGUACAACAAGGCCGAGAUGGUGAGGAUGGUGGAGGCCGCCGCCGCGUGCGUCCGCCACUCGGCUCCCAAGCGCCCUCGCAUGGUGCAGGUGAUGAGGGCACUGGAUGUCGACGUGGACGAAGGGAGCAUGUCGGACCUAAGCAACGGGGUGAAGGUGGGGCAGAGCCAGGUGUUCAACAACAACCAGCAGGAGGCUGCCCUUGAGCAGCUCCGACGCACGGCCUUCGCCUCCGAGGAGUUCACAGGGGAGUUCGAGCCCUCCAGGGAGUACGGUGCCGCCAACUCCGAUUCACGCCCCAUGAACCGGAGACCUGCAAGCUGACAACCAACUCAUGUGUGUUUGCAUGUCGUGUAGCUUAACUUUUCUUGUACACAUACCACCUCCCGUUUUAGAUGGCUUACUAUUAGCAGAGUUGUAGUACAUGACAAAUGUAAGAAUGUGCAUCUCGAUUAAUGAGUUGUUGCCAAAUGCCCAACAACAGUUUGGGAGGAAAUCGUGGAAGCCGCAAACCAGCACCCUAGUCAUGUUGUUUCACAAAAUCCUUUAUGAGCUCUAAGAGCAACUCCAGCCG